CAGCGCGACCUGAAGAUCGAUCGAUCGAGUCGACGAAGGCAUCGUCAGAGAAAAUAAUAAUAAAGAGAUGUCAGGCGGCAAGCUGCGCCCGGCCACGCUGAGCUUGGCCCUGGUGGGGCUGCUCCUCCUCGGCCUCCUCACCGCGCCCGCCUCCGCCAAGGACGACGCCCAUGUGAUGAGCGUCGACGGCGACGCGCCGAGCAGCGGCGACGAAGGCCGGGUCGUCUACGCGGACAUGAAGCUCUCGUCGUCCGACGCGCCGGUGCCGGCGCCAGCGCCGGGACCGUCGGCCAGCGACGAGUGACGCCCGUAGUUACAUGCAUGCUGCACCUCGUUCCUACCAUAUUGUUGCUUGCUACACAAGCGGAUCGGGUCCAGAGAGUACAUUAUUAUGCGUGUGUCUUUUGUUUUCCUUGUAUGGUUUCCACUGUUUUUCUGUGUAUCAAUUACCAGGUUGUUUGUCUACUUUUCAUGAUAUGGUAAAAUUUCGUUAUUGUUGUU